AUGAAAUUUAAACAUAGUAUAAAUCUUCGAUCACUUUGGGAUAGAAUUAAGGGUACUAUUAUAAUAGAUUUUCAAGGGGAACCUAAGGAAAAACUAUUUGAUGCAGUUUAGAAGAGGCUGCUUUCACUAGACCGCAAUUAAUCAAAAAGGCUUAAUUUAAAGAUAAAAUUAUAGAUUAAUCUUUUCAGAGCCUUUCUACACUAAUUCAAACUGAGCAAUAUUUAGAAGAACUCGAAUUCUAUUAUGUUAAGAUAUUUGAAAAGCAUAGUUCCAUUUAUAUUAAAGCGAUCAAUCAAAAUUCAUAUGUAUAGUUACCAUUAACUUUGUUUAAAAUAGCAGAAAAUGAGAUUUCUAAAUAAAGAUUACGAAUCCUAAUGA